AUGGCUCGUAGCAAUUCAUCUACUUCGACGAGAUUGAUCAUCGUCAUCGUCUUGUCUUCUGCCUUCUUUGUUGCAGAGCUUGUUGUUGGUUUCCGUACCAAAUCACUGGCUCUGAUUGCUGAUGCUUUCCAUUAUCUGAAUGAUCUGAUCGCAUUCUGCGUUGCUCUAGUCGCUGCAAAGCUAUCCGAGCGCAAGAAUGCCCCUGCAAGCCUCGCUUUCGGUUGGGGGAGAGCCAAAGUCCUUGGUGCUUUCUUCAACGGCUCUUUUCUUAUCGCUCUAGGUCUGAGCAUUUUUCUACAGGCCAUUGAAAGAUUCAUAAAUAUCGAAGUCAUCGACCAACCACUCAACGUUCUCAUAAUGGGUUGUAUUGGACUUCUGCUCAAUGUGAUAUGCAUCUUGACGGUUCAUGCAGACCACGGCCACCACCAUCACGGUUCCAACAAGGAACCAAAAGCAGGCACUCCAGUUCUCGAGAUGUCGGAUCUUGCGAGUCAUGAGAAUCCGUCGAAAAAACAUGCGCAUGGCGAUUUGGGAGUCAAUGCUAUCGUCAUCCAUAUCCUUGGAGAUGUGCUGAACAAUCUUGGGGUCAUCGCUGCAGCUCUCGUCAUGAUGCUUGUACAAUCGCCGAACAGAUUCUACGCCGAUCCUGCUGUGUCGAUGGGCAUAGCGAUUAUGAUCGCAAGCAGCGCCCUCCCUCUCACUUUUCGAAGCGGUCACAUUCUGCUUGGAAGCACACCACCCAGCGCCCAGAGCGGAGCCGUGAUGCGUGAGUUGAGCAAGAUACCAGGAGUCGUGUCGGUGCACGACCUCUGUGUCUGGCAAUUGAGUCAAGAAGAAUCGAUUGCAUCGGCACACAUCGUCAUGUCGCCCAUGACUAGCCAAGAGAUGUUGUCGGGAAGUAGCACAGAAAUAGAGGAGCUGGUACGAGCCGAGCAGCCAAAAGAGACGCAGAACGGACGGCUUGCUCGCCUUGGUCGGUGCUUGCAUGAAUUCGGGAUCCAAAGAGUGACUCUGCAGAUUGAGGACGAUCCAGCAAAGACCAAGUAG